CCCAUUUUGCACAUGACCGCUGUUGCUUGCGUAAAAAUAAUCUGACAGCAGAAGAAAAACAGCCAUGGCCACAGCUGUAGAGGAUAAACAUUUCUUUGAAGGAACAGAAAAGCUACUAGAAGUUUGGUUUUCAUCAACCUCUAAUGAGGAUACAAGAAACCUGCGCACUAUUGAGAGGUGUCACUGGGAAGAGCUGUUGAAGCUGGUACAGUGUGAGAUCAUCAGCAUAGUGAGUGAUGAAGAUAUGGAUGCCUAUGUGCUCAGUGAGAGCAGCAUGUUUGUCACUAGUCACCGGUUCAUCCUGAAGACUUGUGGACAAACAACCCUUCUCCUAGCUGUAGAGCCACUCCUGAAAUUAGUGGCCAACAAGUGUGGCUUCGAUAAAGUUCAGGAUGUCUUCUAUUCUCGAAAGAACUUCACCAGGCCAGACAAGCAGCACAAAAUUCAUCGGAAAUUUGAAGACGAAGUCGAUCAUUUGGACACAAUGCUCAAAGACGGAGCAGCCUACUGUUUGGGACGAAUGAAUAGAGAUUGCUGGUACCUCUACACCAUUGACUGUAUUGGGGUGAUGGAUCCGGAUCAAACAUUAGAAUUGUUGAUGUGGAACAUGGAUCAGAAGAAAAUGAAGAUAUUCAGCAAAGAAACGUGUGCCAGUGGGAAAGAGGCUUCUGAGAAAUCUGGGAUUUCUGCUCUGAUACCUGGAGCACAGAUUGAUGACUUUCUCUUUCAUCCCUGUGGAUAUUCCAUGAAUGGGCUCUUACCUGGGGGCUAUUACAUCACCAUCCAUGUCACCCCGGAGCCUCAAUGUUCCUAUGUCAGCUUUGAGACCAAUGUUCCACAGAAAUCCUAUCAUGACCUGCUGAAGAAAAUCUUGAAAGUUUUCUCUCCGGGAAAGUUCCUCAUGACAAUAUUUGCGAACCAGGAGUCCAUUGCCAAGGAUAGCCCGAAAGACCUUGAGAACAUGACAGCUGUCCAGGGAUAUGUGAGGAAUGACCAUCAGCACUGUUUGUUCAAGAACUACAGCCUGACCUACACGCAUUUCUCUCGCCCUGUCUUAUAGGGGUGCGACACAGCAGGCGGCCAGCAUGUCAGUGUUGUAGCUAAAGUCUGUUGCUUCAUGUCUGUAGCCUCCUGUUGUAGUAUCCACAAAGCGAAGCUUUUGAUCAGUCGAGCAUUUACCGGUCCAUUUGUCAAUUUCAGCAUAUUAUCUGAUUAUGUAUUUCAUUGGAAAUCGCACAAACAAAAACGUCGUCACAGAAUAAAAACUUCAAAGAACACAAGUCAUAAACCUAGAUAGCACCGACCGAAUUCAAAUAGUGUGAAUUCAACUUAGUCAAAUUCAGUGUAUUAAAUUAUGAUAAUUUUUGUUGUGAUUUAUAGGCAGAUCAUGUGGGUUGUUUCAAAAGGAAGCCAUUUUCUGAUGUAUUGUUCAGCUUACAGUCUUAAUAUUCCAGUUGUUUUUGUGGAUAAAUGGAUUACAUGAACAUGUGUAUAUCUGUAUCCUACUGCCCAAAGGCGUAAGCUGAUUGUAAUUGCCAUGGCAACAUAUGCCUCUAAUGUGUCACCGUGGUAGUUACAAUCAGCUUACAGUGCCUUUGUGAAAAAGAGGCCCUUUUGUUGCUGAUUUUUUUUUUCUUGUUGGACUGUCAUAUGAUGUGUUGAAACUAAACGCAAUUCAGCAAUUCAUCACUUUUGCUUAGCUUAACUUAAUAGUGAUAACUUACAUAUAUGGAAAAUAACUGAUUAUGGUUUUAUCCCACAUGCAGAUUUUUGUUUUCUUUAAUUGACUGGUGUUUUAUGCCAUACUCAAGAAUGUUUCACCUCUACGAUGUCACGCAGCAUUAUGGUGGGACGAAAGCCACAACUACGCCACCUGCAGAUAUGAAGAAAACUGUUGGUUGAAUGUCUCGUAUAUGACCAAUACCAUACUGUGGAUGUCUGUCAUGAUGUGAGUUUAAAUAUUCUCAAUUACAAUCUGAAUUCUUCAGGUGGGGUAAAAAAAUAUAACAGGUAGCAUUACUUGACAAUACAAAUAUGUGUAGACCUAGUCUAUUAGGGGCGAUAUCUUAAAAAGUACUGCCUGUAUUGAGUUUAGGCUUUGCAUAUGUGUAAAGCAAAAUAACACUAAUAGAAUCAGUGUUUAAGGUAAAUGCCAGGAGUGCUACCUCU